GCCAAUAAGGGAAGACGGGCCAUUAAAGUGCACACACAUGCAGGGGAUAGUACGUACACUUCAUACCUACUCGUCUCCCCAGCUAGUCCAUAGACCAGACAUAUAGUAUCAUCAUCACAACACCCGACAUUUCGCACAAUCAAUGGAAAAAUGUUCAUGAAUGCGUGCACCAAUAUAUGUAUAAUAUAUGUAUGAUUCGCGUUGAGGUUGUGUGCGAGAUGCGCUUACGCGUAUAUAUACUUAGCCUACGCGGUGAUGUGCAGUGUGCGGUUGUAAAUCAUCGGUCGGACUCUGUGAUUCAUAAAUAACGAACAAAAGGGCGGAAAAAGCGCUGUACGACCGGCCAUAUAAUAAAUAAUAUUGUGUCGGAAAGUGUCAAGUGAGAGAGAAAAAGGAGAAAGAGUUGAAAUGAUGAUGAUGUUGAGCCGAGGAUGCGAGGUGGCCGCCGACUCCGAUUGUUUCGGUCGCUGACGUUUCACGCCGAGGAAGAACAACGGAGGGAGGACGCCGUGCCUAUCGCAUCGAUGAUUGUUCGUCAGCUGUUAUGAUUGGGUUGUAGAGUUGUUGUUGAGUUCAUUUGGUCAAGAGGCAAAAGCUCCAUUACGGCUGUUGAAGAGGAACCCUGUGUGCAAUGGCUGAGUUCGUCAGAGGUGGACCCAGUGUCUCCAACAACAUCAAGAAGGUCGAUACGAACAAAAAAUGCGACUCCCCGAGCACCGAAAGCGAGGACGGAGGUCCCAUCGAGGCGCCCAACGCCGACAACGACUUCGACGUUUUCCUGGAAAACUUGCCCGACGACACCCAAGACAUCGAGGACCCCGACAACGCUCGAGACAAGGCACUCAAAACUCCGGCUGAGAACGAGUGGUACCACGGCAGACUGGACCGACUCUCGGCAGAGGAGAGACUCUGGGACGUGAACAAGAUGGGCAGCUACUUGGUCCGCGAGAGCGACAGGAAACCCGGCAGCUACGUCCUCUCCUACCUGGGCAGGACGGGAGUGAACCACUUUCGGAUCACCGCGGUCUGCGGGGACUACUACAUCGGCGGCCGGCAGUUCAACAGCCUCAUGGACCUCAUAGCCUACUACACCCACUACUCGGACCUGCUGAAGCGCGAGAGGCUCGUCCAUCCGAUCCCACCGCCCGAGCCGGUCAACGACAAGAAACGCAUGGUCGCCAUCCUGCCGUACACGAAGAUGCCCGACACCGACGAGCUGAGCUUCCAAAAGGGUGACAUAUUUUUCGUCCACAACGACAUGGGUGACGGCUGGCUCUGGGUUACCGCCCACAGGACCGGCGAGCAGGGCCUCAUCUUCCGCGAGCUCGUGGACAACCUCGACGACUCGAUAGACCCCAACACGGUGUUCUCCUGGUUCCACCCGAACGUCACAAAGAGCGAGGCCGUGGACAUGCUCGUCAAGGCCGGGCCCGGGAGUUUUUUGGUCAGGCCCUCGGACAACAGCCCGGGCGACUACUCGCUCUUCUUCCACAUCAACAACCAGAUCCAGAGAUUUAGGAUCGAGAAGAAGGGCGUACGAUACCUCAUGGGCGGGAGGACCUUUGAGUGCCUCGACGCCGUCAUCAACAGAUAUCGUAAGGAGCAGAUAGUCGAGGGACACACGCUGGUUCAGGCCAUGGUUACCGAGCCCGACGGCACGGUCAGGGUCGACAAGGAGGUACAGCACGCGGAAAAGAUCUACGCCACUCUGCGCGAGUGCCGCGAGCAGUCCGGGGCGAAAAAGAACAAGGGCAUCAAGAUGCAGGGCUACCUGGAGAAAAAGUCGGAGAAGAACAAAAAGUGGAAGAUUUUGUACUUUGUCCUGCUCGUCGAGGGAAGCGACACGCACUUGUAUCUGUACGACAAUCCCAAGCGAACCAAACCCAAAGGCCUUAUCGAUUUGAGCUGCGCCUACUUGUACCAGGUGCACGAGAGCGUCUUCGACAGGCCGCACUGCUUCCAGCUGGUCGAGCGAGCGUUGCCGUGUCUGUCGACGAUAACGUAUCUGUCGGCACCAAACUCGGAAAUCGCCUCGGACUGGAUCGGCGCGAUCAAGCCGUUGUGCGUCUCCCAGCUGACCAGGGCCCCGAAGGUGGCGCGCCUUCGGGAACUCCGCUCGCUCCAGCUGCACAUCCUCGACGCUCACAGGCUGCCGUACAAGCUCGUGCCGAGUCCCUUUAUCAUCGUGGCUCUGAACAACGUCAAGGUGGCUCGCACGAAAGCCAAGCAGGGCCUCCACGCCGUCUGGGACGAGGAGUUUAUCUUGGAAGAUGUGCCGUCUGACGUGGUGUCGUUCACCCUGACGUUGUACAACAAGGGCAAGCGCAGCAAGGACACGGAGGUGGCCGAGGUCACGGUCGAGCUGUCGAGCUUGAUCAACAACGAGGAGAUGGACGAGUGGUAUCCGCUCGCGGGAGUCACGCCUAUGGGAGAUUGGGGCGCGCUCCGUCUACGCUUGAGAUACUGUCACGAUCUGGCGAUGCCACCCGAAGAGUACAGUCCGCUUCAGCAGCUGUUGCUCGACCCCGAGUUGCACGUUGUCAAAGCUCUGGCUGACGUCUGUCACCUUGACAAAAUACCUCUGGCCAACAGUCUUCUGCGAGUGUUCAGACACGAGAAGAAGGAAGCAGAUCUUCUACGAUCGCUGAAUCAAGCCGAGGUCGACAAGGAGGACGAGACACCGACCCUGUUCAGAGCAGCUAGUCUCACGACGACUCUCAUGGACCUUUACAUGAAAUCGGUGUGCACGUCGUUUUUAAAGUCCGCCCUGCAGGACACCAUUAUCAAAAUAAUCGAAAACAAACAGAGCUGUGAACUGAAUCCCUCUAAAAUGGAUUCGCCCGAGGACGCGUGCAACAAUGCCGAGUUUUUGUUACAAAUUUUGGACGAAAUAACUCUAAACAUAUUCACGAGUCACGAAAUGUGCCCAAAGACCCUGCGUUACAUCUGCGGCUGCCUCCAGCGCGCGGUCGCCUCAAAGUGGCCGCACGAGAGAUUCGUGAGAACGCGAGUAGUCAGCGGUUUUAUAUUCUUGCGGCUACUUUGUCCUGCCAUACUGAAUCCAAAGUCGUUCAAUCUGAUCGCCGAGUCACCAUCUCCAGCCGCGACUAGGUCCUUAGUCAUGGUGGCCAAGUGCCUGCAAAAUUUGGCCAACCUCGUGGAAUUUGGGGGCAAGGAGCCGUACAUGGAGGUCGUCAAUCCAUUUAUUCUCAAAAAUAAAGAGAGAAUGGUGGUAUUUUUAGACCAGUUGUCGAAUGUUUCAGAGAAGCCCGAGUCAGAAAACAUCAUACCCCGGGGCAAGAGUAUAUCGGAUAUAUCCAAGGAUCUAGCUAAUUUGCAUCACAUUUGCAUGUCGCAUUUAAAAGAGCUGCAAAUCUUGGCCAAGCAACAGCCGACCAUCAAGCAGCUCGUUACGGUUACCGAGAUGUUGAGUAAACACAAGCAGAAGUAUAAGGAAAUGUUGCGGUAGUGAUAAAAAUCUCUAAAUUAUCAUGGAUAUUAGUAUUACAGACAAGAAAAUACAUCUUAUUCAAUUAACUUAGAUGAAAUUUAAAAAAUCAAUACCUAUAAAUAAGGUAAAAAACAUGAUUUAUAAAAACAGACUGAUGUGCCAUAUAUGCAUGUGAAAUCACACAUUUUUAUAUCGCCGUUUAAGUUAUUUCUUAAAAAUAGAGACUACUAAAAUGACAAAGAAAAAAAAAAUUUAAGAACCUUGAUCUAAGUAAAAAUCUAUAACAACGUUUAUAUUAGAUUGUAGUAUGUGGAAAUAUAACAAGUAAAUGAAAGAUA